AGAUACAGUGGGUGCCAAAACAAUAUGGCGGCCAUGGAAGACAGACGUACUUCAACUACAAUGAUCGGGGAUUUUUCUUCUGCACAAGACUCGAAUAAGGCUGAAAAUAUCUUCAAGUUCAAGGAUAUUGAGCCAACAGCGGACCCAUUUUGUGAUUACCCGUCGAGUAUCAGGGAUAACCACGUGCCUAUUGUCAUUGAUAAUGGUGGAUCACAGUGCAGGGUUGGCUGGGCAACAGACAAAACCCCAAGACUUAUGUUCAAGAACUUAGUGGCAAAAUCGAGAGGAAGAAAGGGAGAGCCUGACUCUGGUGGCUUGGCUGUCGGUAAUGAUAUCGGCAGUGUGGAGAUGAUUCGGUGGGCUUUAAGAACACCUUUUGACAGGGAUGUUGUUACUCAUUAUGAAUGCCAGGAACAAGUUCUUGAUCAUGCAUUCAGCCAUCUUGGGAUAAACACACCAGGGGGUGUCAAUCACCCGGUUAUCAUGACUGAACCUGUGUGCAACCCUAACUACUGCCGACAAUUGAUGUCCGAGCUACUGUUUGAAUGUUACCAUGUCCCGUCUGUGGCUUAUGGCAUUGACAGCUUGUUUAGCCUCUACAACAAUACACCAAACCCAGGUAGGACAAGUGCAUUGGUUGUGUCAUCAGGAUUCAACGUUAGUCAUGUGUUACCAGUGCUGAAUGGUAGACUGGAUGCUAGGAAUUGUAAAAGGAUAAAUCUUGGGGGAUGGCAAGCAGCCUGGUACAUGCAGAGGCUUCUCCAACUCAAGAACCCUGCCCACGCAGCCCAGAUCACGCUGGCACGAGCACAAGAGCUAGUGCAAGACCACACAUACAUUGCCAAGGACUAUAUUUCCGAGCUAGAGCAGUGGGCCUCUGAUGAGUACUAUGACAAGCAUGUGCAUAAAAUUCAGCUGCCAUUCAGUCAGCCUCAAGUUCCAGAAGCGAGUGGAGGGAAGGAUGGUGAGAAGGAGAAACUCAGGAGGCAACGGCAAGGAAAGAGACUACAAGAGAUUAAUGCUAGAAGAAGAGAGGAAAAGAUUGCCAAGGAAGAAGAAGAGCUGAAGCGACUCCAGGACAUUCUAAACCUCCAAACGCAAGACGAGGAUAGAUUUAAUGUAGAACUGGCAGAAGCCAACUUCCAAACACCAGAAGCUCUUCAAACGGCAAUCAAGACACUCACAGUAACAAUGAACAGACGCAAGGAAAAACUGGCCGCCAUGCAAGCGGCAGCAGAACUUGAUGAGACCGCCAAGGCAACUGGGGAUGGUGUUUACUCAGGGGUCGACAGUACGUCUGCCCAGCGGACUUCACCAGGGGACAGCAAGAAGAGGCAGCGAAGCCCGCGAGGUGCACUGGGAAGUAAGGAAGAAAGUGCUGGAAAACGCACAAAGGAGGAACUGAAAAAUGAAGAGCUACAGAAAGCACAGGAUGAUGAGCAAAAGGAAGAAGCAUAUGCACGGUGGCUGUCGGGAUUGCACAUGAGGCGAGAGGAAAUCAUGGAGGCCCGCGCUCAGCGUCGUCAGCGGAGGGAGGAGCUAGCCACGAGGAGGAGUCACGCUUCCAUGCAGCGCAUGCGCAUGCUAUCAAAACUUGCCUACGACCCUAACGUUCGUGAUGACGGGACUACGCGGCAGUCGCAGAAGAAAAACAAGGAAGACACAUUCGGUCAGAACGACGAGGACUGGAUGGUCUACAGAACCAUUAAUAAAGACGCGGGGGACUCCGACAGUGAAAAAGAACAAGAGGAAUUAAACGAACUCGAGAAUCUACUAAAGAAACACGACCCAGACUUCGCAAGAACUGAUGACAACAAGGCGCCGAUGAACUGGGCUGAGUAUUACCAGGUGAACCUUGGUGUGGAGCGUAUAAGGGUCCCUGAGAUAAUCUUCCAGCCCUCGAUGUUGGGCUUGGAGCAGGCAGGAAUUACUGAGACAAUGGGCUUCAUCCUCAGCCGUUACACGCCAGAGGUUCAAAGUGCUUUGGUCCAGAAUGUGUUUGUAACAGGCGGUAACACAAUGUACAACAACUUCAUGGCGCGCCUGGAGCGAGAGUUGCUGGCUAUCCGACCAUUCCAGUCCACAUUCCGCCUACAUUCCGCAGCAAACCCAGUCCUGGACGCGUGGUGUGGGGCACGUAAGUGGGUGACGUCACUAACCUCGCUCCAGUCCGCUAGCAUCACACAGCAAGAGUAUGAAGAGAAAGGCGGAGAGUACUUAAAGGAACAUUUCUCGUCAAACCUGUUUUUACCAUUGCCAGUUACACUAUCGGGUGGUAAAUCGACGUGACGACAAGGUACACAUCAUAUGACAAGUGUAUGACAAUUGCGAGGAGCGCUGAGGUCACCUUUUGUCAACCAUGUAUAUACGACAUACUCUUUUUUUAUAAGAACGUCCAGCCUGAGAUUUCACCAAA